GCUUCUUCAAAAAGCAGAAAAAAUAAAAUACUUUAUUCACUCCCGUCCCCCUCUUUUUAAAUUUUGGCUGUUAGACGACAUUAUGGCAUAUUUAGUUAGAAUUAGUGGAACCGUCUUGUCUUCAUUGUUAUACGAAUGUGCCAAUGCAGAAGCUGACAUUGAAGGCUUUUUCCUGGGUUCGUUAUCUUUUCGAACCACAUUAGCCUCUGACGAUUCCACUGAUCUCGCUUUUGAAAAGAGAGAAGACUUCAUUCUGAUACAUGGAUUUCAAAUCUUGAGCGAAAAGCCCUAUGAUAGCCAAGGCAACAUGAUCAAACAAAUCAUCAAGUCACAACAAGCAGAUAUCUCGUCCUUGGUGGGCUAUUUCAAGUUUAGAAGACAAAGCGAGGCCUGUCUCUCAGUUAGAGAUCAGCUCUGGAUGCAAUCGUAUUCAAAAAAUAUCCCCCAUGGCUGUAUAGCCAUUCUUUCUUCCAAUUUAAAUACAAUCAGUGAUAAGUCCACACAGACUUACAGCUUUGCUUUUUGGGACAUGAAGAAUGCAGUCAAGUAAAAAGCACCUCCCCAAAAAUCUCGUCAAAAAUCACUCAAAACUAACUCUUUUUUUUUCUUGACGUAGUAAAAUUCCUAUUCAGAUCACUAAUAUGACUGAAAGCACACUUGACUACAAAAAUUUCAUGUCAAAUGCACCCUACAAACCAUUAGCGACAUCCAGCAACCAAAUAUUACCACAAACAAUAUCACCUCAAGAUAUUAUAGAUCAAUACGAUACAAUGUACGAG